AUGAGCCCAGCAGGCCACCGCUGGCGAGCAACGGCGAUGGCGGGCGUGAGCAGUGCCUCGACAGUUUCCAUCCUCAUCCUGUGCGUCUCUCUCGCUGCUGGAGCCAAAAUCCGAAAAUACCGCCAGGUGAUUCCGUCGUUUCACGCUGACCUCCUCGACACCCAUGUGACCUCGGUUGACCUGUCGAACGUAGUCUACAGCUUCGCCUGUGCAGCCCAGUGUUCUCGCAACAGUUGCUGUCGCCUCGCUUGUCGAAAUGGUUCAGAAUGCCAGCUGUACGACAUCAAGGUAGCCGACUACUGGCCUGGGCUCCGACGACCCUACAGCUGUGACCUUCAACAGUUGUAUCACCGCCUGGGUUCCCGACCCCGACCAAUCCUGCCGACCAACCUAUCCACGUCAUCGGUGAGCGAGGGAUCAGACACGAGGAAGUCAGUUGACGGGUUUAUCGGGAAUGAAAACGCGUCGUAUCCCAAUGGCUCACUGAAUCAGAAAAUCAGCCUUUCCGAGGAAACUCGUCAGCUCAGCCCAUACAGAGUGAAUCUGGAAGCUGUCAACCACCACAAGACAAAAACGAAACCGAACCUGCAUUUAGUGCCAACCCUGUUUCGAUUACAUUGCUGGAAAGCCUCCCUUGGGCGCAGAGGUUGUGUUUACCCAGAGGAGCCUGUGAGCGGGCGUUACUUGUCCCUUCAGAGUUUAGAUCUCGACCCUGCGAAUGUGUUAACCAUUUGCCACGUGGAAAUUCUGGAACAACAAAGAGAACCUGUUAUGAGCAACGUGAGCGGCGUCUACACCGUCUACCCGAAGGAGUGCUGCCCCGUCAGCGUCUACUGCGACAUGGACACCGACGGGGGCGGCUGGACGGUCAUCCAGCAACGUCGGGACGCCCUUCCUCGGGAGGAUUUCUACCGCCCUUGGAGCGACUACGCCCUUGGGUUCGGACACUCGCCUUGCGGGGAGUUCUGGCUCGGCCUCGAGCACAUCCACGCCCUCGCCGACCAGAGGCCCAACGAGCUCAGGAUCGACCUGGAGGACCUCGAGGGCAAAACCCGCUGGGCCAAGUACAGAACCUUCUACGUUGGCGACCGGGACGACCUGUACGCGCUGGGCAUUUCCAGGUAUGAGGGGAACGCCGGGGACGCCAUGGCAGUGCACGAUGGGAACAGAUUCUCUACAAAGGAUUAUGACAACGAUAAAGAGCCUCGCAGCCAUUGCGCGCAAAUGAGUGAAGGCGGUUGGUGGUACAGUAGCCCUUGUCACUAUGCUAAUCUCAACGGCAAAUACCUGAGUGGUUCUCACAAGAGCGUUGGUAAUGGUAUCAACUGGUACCAGUGGCAUGGCAAUUACUAUUCACUGAAGUCUUCUACGAUGAUGAUCAGACCGGCUCCCUGAAAGACUGGAAUAAUGAGUGAAGCCAAAAAUAUUCUGUAUGGGAAUAUUUCUGACUUAUUACCUGUUAUAUGAUUAUUGUUUUCGACGCCAAAUUAUUUACUGAAAGCCAUUCUGAUGCACAAUACAUUAUGGUAUUGCAACACUAACCCAAUUACCUUUGUCGCAAAUUGCAGAUUUUCUUAUUGCCCAAAUGUGCUGUAUACACAUUUCACGUUUAUUUCAUAAAGUUACAUUAAAAUUAUAUUUACCAAAUACAUACGUAUGAUUGUAUCUGAGACAGGGAAGGGGGAAAGCAAGUAAUUCACGAAAGCUUUAAAAAAAAUGUCAAGUUAACAACUGUUCUAUUUUGUACAGUUUAGUGGUUCCUUAGACUAAGUUAAAAGGUACGUAAGAUUAGAGAAAAAUAAAAUUAAGAAUGGAUGGUACCCUAUCACUCAAGACUCUUAUUAAUGCAUAUACAUAUCCGUAUUAACAUACCAUGGUAAAGGCAAAGAAAACAAGAACUUACUUUAUCUUUAUCGCCAUUGAAAUGCAAAGUAGAGGUAAUGACGUAAUGAUUGACGUAAUGACGUAGGUAAUGACGUAAUGAUUGUAUAUGGCGUUUAUAUAUUUUCUUUGGUGACGGUGGUUUCACGGCCCC